AUGGUCAAAACCAGCCUGUUGGAGAGGAGCUCACUCAUGGAGGAGAGAAUCAUGGAGCCUCUGGGGGGGUGGACAGCACUGAAGGCCAAGCAGGAGGCUCAGGAGGCAAGACGGAAGGAGGACUUUGCCCGCCAGGAACAGCGUUUUAGAGCACUGCAGCAUCAGUUUCAGCUCCUGCAGAUGGAAGUGCAGGCUCGUACCUCCCCAGUCUUAGAAGCCCACGAGGAAGAACCAUCUGAAUCUGAUAAUCCUCCCUGCGUGGACUCCUGUGGUAAGGAAAUGCAUGCUCCACCAGGUCAGUCUCGGUUUUGUGAGCCCAGAUUGGAGAAAUUAACGGAUCAUGAUGACAUUGAACAUUUUUUAAUGACUUUUGAACGCAUGGCUCUGGCUUGCCGGUGGCCGGACGAGGAUUGGGCUUUUCACCUGGUUCCGCUACUGACGGGGAAAGCAAGAGGUGCGUAUGUUCACAUGGAUAUGGAUGAUUCCUUAGAGUAUGACAAAGUCAAGGCAGCCAUUCUACAGAAGUAUGAUGUUAAUCCUGAGACGUACAGACAGAGGUUCCGUUCCCUGGAAGUUAAAUUGGAUGAAAAUCCAAAAGAACUGUAUGCACGCUUAAAAGAGCUGUAUGGGAAAUGGAUAAAACCAAAAGGAAAAUCUGUACAAGAAAUCAGUGAAAUAAUUAUUCUGGAACAAUACUUGAGAAUGCUGUCUCCUGAGUUACAGGUCUGGAUCAAGGAACAUAACCCAAACUCUGCAGCGGAGGCUGCACAGCUGGCAGACGUGUUUGUGGCAGCACGGAAAAAAGGACAGCCUUGGAGUAACACAGCGUGGAAGGCAAAGGAUGGUCAGAAGGCCACCUCUCAUUACCAGAAAACAGAUGCCUCAGAGAGAGGACUGGGAGCGGUUCUGUUGCAGGGACCACCUGAUGAGCGCCAUCCAGUGGCUUUCAUUAGCCGUAAGCUGUUUCCAAGGGAGGUCCGAUAUUCUACAGUUGAGAAGGAGGCACUGGCCAUCAAGUGGGCCUUGGAUUCCUUCAGGUAUUAUUUGCUAGGACGGGAGUUCAGGUUGGAAACGGACCACAAAGCUCUCCAAUGGAUUGAGAGGAUGAAGGACACUAAUGGGAGGAUUACCCGGUGGUACUUGGCAAUCCAGCCAUUCCGGUUCACGGUGAACCACAUUCCCGGCAAGGACAACUGCACGGCGGACUGUCUCUCUCGCUGUCCCAGCGAGCGAUUUGAAGAGGGGGAGUGUGUGAUGGCUGCAUCUACAGCCACACAGGAGUGUUGUUUCAGUGGCUCCAGUCCUUUGGCAUGGGAACCAGCAGGUGGCCACAGGGUGGAGCCAACUAAUUGGACCAGAUCACACACCAGCAUCAAGAGGGGGGGGAAAUUGGGUUUUCCUUUGUUAGCUUAG